AUGGGUUCUUCUAGUGAAACCGGAGGGGCAUGGAGCGUCAUGGAAGAUGUUAGCUUGUGUGAGUCUUGGCUCCACAUUAGUCAUUGUCCCGUAACGGGCAAUGAGAUGAAAUUCUGUCAUAUGUGGAAAAAAAUUCAUCAGGAUUUUUGUGAAAGGGUAAUUGGUUCGACCCGUACAGAUCAGGCACUAUCUAGUAGGUGGAAAAUUCUUAACAAAGAGUUGACGAAAUGGAGGGAUGUCUUGGCAAAGGCGACGGACAACCAUAGAAGCGGGGAAAACCUUAUCAGUGAGACUAUACAAGCACAAAUGUUUUUUGGUGCUAUUGGGCAAGGAAAAAAAAGUUUCAACCAUACCCAUUGUUGGGAGGUGGUGAAGAAUUGUAAGAAAUUCCAAAUUAUUCCAACGGGUCCGACAGUAGUCUUGAACGAGACGCCACUCCAUGAGACACCGGCAUCGGAUUCACCUAUGGAUUCCCCGAUGAGUCAAGACUCACCUAUCGAAAAGGAACCGAGGCCUAUUGGGAGGAAGGCGGCGAAGGCGAAGAGAGCGAGUAAUUCUACCAAGUCAGCAUCUAAUUUUUGGAGGAACUUUCAAAGAUGCAAGCCAUGA